UGUUCCCGGGAUAGACUUUGGAUCCACCAUGACCCUGACCACGAUAAAGCUGAAGAUGAAUGAAUGAAUGUAAUCACUGCAGUGUAAAAAUAUUCCAUUUUAUUCAGAGAAUUUUUGAGAGUUGUGUUAGCGAUUGAGAAAAAAAAAACUGCAAUAGGCUUUAGCUCAGUAGAGUUAGUCUAGAUUAUCUCCAUCCAUCCAUUUUCUGUACUGUUUGUCCUACACAGGGUUGCGGGGAGCCCGGAGCCUAUCCCAGGGGUUCGGGCACACGGGCAGGGGACACCCAGGACAGAGUACCAACCCACUGAAGGGCACAAUCACACACACAUUGACACGCUACAAACAAUUUAGAGAUCCCACUCAACCUACAACACAUAUCUUUGGACUUUGGGAGGAAACCCCAAGGAAACCCCGAAGACAUGGGGCGACCAUGCAAACUCCGUGCACGCAGGUCAGACACGAGAUUCGAACCCCCAACCCUGGAGGAGUGACACAAACAUGCUAACCACUAAACCUCAAUUUCUCAGAUUUUCACUUCUUGGCUUGAAUUUUCUCUGUCACAGCUAUGCAGUUAGUUGUUUACUAUGGUCAGGAUAUUACUGUAGCACUAUUUAGUGCAAUACUAUGUGAUUGUAUGUGAUGUAUUUGCUAAUAUUCUGCUCUAUAUUUAAUAGCUAAUAGAGACUGGCUUUGCCUGGUUUCUUCUCUAACCCGUUGGAUUGACUGUGGCUGAAAUGGUGGAUUUCUCUCUGAGGGAGGAAGGGAGGGAUAGUGGCAGAGAGUGUGUGUGUGUGUGUGUGCGCGCAUCUAUAAUGCUGCUGCUCCCGGAGACCACCUCAAUGCAUCCGAGUGAAACGCGACAGCACAACUGAUAAACACGUUAUGGGCCAAGAUGGUGGAUUUAAAAGACUAAUAUGCGCCAAGAAGUCGUGUAAUUCCUGUCGGGUGAGCCUAAACCUGUUGUUUCUCUUAUUAAUAAACGGCACGGUUCAGUCUGUGUGUUAAUGCUGUGCCUGGGGGAUAGUGUUGCAUUCAGGAUGUCAGUGUCUCUAGUCUUUAAACCCUGUAUUUAUCCUGCAGUAAGGACUACACAAAGAGCCGACCGUGUUUCCAUUUCCAACGAGCAAGGCAUCAGUAACUGUGACAUCUCAGGCUGCCUGAGGGCCAGACUAUGGGCUCUAGAGGAGUGGAGAGGCGCAAACCGACUACCCCGGCCCAGACCCCAGAGGGCAACGUGGUGAUGAGCUUCAGCUUCGAGAGCUAUCAGCUGGAGGAAGAGGACUGCCAAGGCAAAGACAUCCCUGACAAAGGGGUGCUGGCUCUCUCAGAGCCUGUAUUGGAGGAACCUGUUCCAGAUGAUCGCUAUCACGGAAUCUAUUUUGCUAUGCUGUUGGCUGGAGUCGGCUUCCUGUUACCUUACAAUAGCUUCAUCACAGAUGUGGACUACCUCCAUCAUAAAUUUGAAGGGACAUCCAUUGUGUUCGACAUGAGCCUCACAUAUAUUCUUGUGGCUCUCGUUGCGGUGGUACUGAACAAUGUCCUGGUGGAGAUGCUCAGCCUGCACACCAGGAUCACCGUGGGUUACCUCUUUGCUCUUGGCCCUUUGCUUUUUGUCAGCAUUUUUGAUGUGUGGCUGGGGAAGUUUACCACAAACCAGGCGUAUGCCCUCAACCUAAUAUCUGUGGGUGUUGUGGCAUUUGGAUGCACAGUGCAGCAGUCCAGUUUCUAUGGCUACAUGGGAAUGCUUCCAAAACGGUACACACAAGGAGUAAUGACUGGAGAAAGCACGGCAGGAGUGAUCAUUUCACUUAGUCGGAUCUUCACCAAGCUGCUGAUUAAAGACGAGAGGAAGAACACCAUCAUCUUCUUCCUCAUCUCCAUCACCAUGGAGCUGAUGUGUUUCGUUUUGCAUCUGGUGGUGCGCAGGACACGAUUUGUGCGCUACUACACCAGCCUGGCACGUCAAGGCUUGAGCCACUCCAAAGACCACACACACCACUGCAAUCAGUACCAUGUCCACCAUGACGUCAUCACAGAGGACGUGAGAUUUGACAAUGGUGCAGUGGGUGUUUCUCCUGCUGAUGAUGGCAGUACUGCAGAACCAGACUAUAGUGGCAGCAGCACAUAUGUGAGAUUUGAUGUGCCUAAGCUGAAGAUAAAAAGGAGCUGGCCAGGCAUCAAGGAUAUGAUCCUGCAUCGGUAUGUGGUCUCUCGUGUGAUUUGGCCUUACAUGUUGUCCAUUGCUGUUACCUACUUCAUCACAUUGUGCCUGUUUCCCGGCCUGGAGUCCGAGAUCCGCAAUGCCACGCUGGGAGAGUGGCUCCCCAUCCUCAUCAUGGCCAUUUUCAACAUGUCCGACUUUGUUGGCAAAAUCUUGGCUGCUUUGCCUUAUGAGUGGAAUGGGGUACGCCUGCUGUUUUUCUCCUGCAUAAGGGUGGUCUUUAUCCCUCUCUUCAUCAUGUGUGUGUAUCCCAUGCCAAAGCCUACGCUCUGUCACCCAGCAUGGCCCUGUGUCUUCUCCCUCCUCAUGGGCAUCACCAAUGGUUAUUUCGGUAGUGUACCCAUGAUUCAGGCUGCUGGAAAGGUGCCACCUGAGCAGAGGGAGCUAGCAGGAAACACCAUGACCGUGUCCUACAUGUCUGGACUGAUGCUGGGAUCUGUAGUUGCCUACGCUGCAUACCGUUUCACUGCCCCAGGCUCAGGCUUCCACUCAGAAAACGACUUGAACUUCACCCAUGGGUAUUAGUGCCCUGCAACACAUUUUCACCAACUACAUUCAUUUCUCUCAGCAAAUUCCACAAGUAGCAAAUCAGAACCUCUGCCGCAAGUUUAUUUUGUACCAGCUGUAACGCUGUGCACUUUUGAAUGUAGUAAAGUAGACCAGGGGAAAUUCCUACCAACACUAAAGACAUGUAUGUAUACUUCAUUGUGUUGUUCAUUUAUGUCAUAUGAAGGUAUAUGUCUCGCUUCAGAAGGGAGUUUCGUGGCUCAUGUCCUGUGGUGAAUUCUUGAUAAAUGUUCUCCUCUUGCCUUCAGUUGAUGAUCUGUUGGAUUGGAAGGUGAAAAAGCUAAACUCUUCAAAUGAAAAGCUGUGUUGUCUUUAAUUGUACGUUAUAAAUGUUGGACCUUUUUUGCUAAAACAACUGAAUGUGAACCUCAAUGAAUAAAAACCUUUUUUUGUACAUUUUAUGG